AUGGGCAAGGGACAAUCAACAACAAAUACAUCUGCAGUUUCAAAAGGUGUUUUCACAGAUAUUACACUCAUCAGUGAAUCACUCAAGGAAGUUGCUCAUCAAUGUGAACAAAAUGCUAUUCCCAUGAGUUUUGUGGGAACAUAUAAAAAAUUGAAUGAAUUAGAUCCUUCUUUUAUGUACACUCAAAUCAUCAAAGAAAUUAUAUUAACCAUCAAAUUCAAACAAAACCACAUUCAAGAUUAUUUUGAUUACUGUCGUGAUGCUUUCAAAGAUAAUAAAAAAGAAAUUGAAAAUAUUAAACGAUUGGAAACUCAUUAUCAUAAUAAAACACCUAUUUAUUGGUAUACUUGUGACAUGUUCUUGUAUCCUAUGCUCAAUCGUGCAUUACGAUUGAUGAAUUGUGAUAUCAUUACACGUAUGGGUUUCUUCAUUUGUGAUUUGUAUCAACACAUCGAACAACUGCAUCAGGAACAAUAUGCUGGUAGAACUGCUGCAGACACCUUUACCGUCUAUCACGGUCAAGUUUUAUCUACAGAGGAUGUUGAGAAAAUGAUGGAAGACAAAGGUGGUCUUAUUUCUUUUAACAAUUUCUUGUCUACGAGUAAAGAUCGGAACACAUCACUACGUUUUAUUCAAGAUGCUACAAUUAAUUCAGAUCAAGUAAAAGUUAUUUUUAUCAUGAAAAUUAAUCCUGGAGAAUCAACAACACCAUUUGCUUCCAUUCCUAGUAUUAGUGACUUCGAAGAAGAAGAAGAAGAAGUCUUGUUUUCCAUGCAUAGCGUAUUUCGUAUUCAGGAUAUUAAGCAGAUGGAUGGAAAUAAUCGUUUAUGUGAAGUUAAUUUGACACUUACUGCUGACAAUGAUUCGGAAUUGAACAGACUUACAGAUUACAUUCGUCAAGAAAGUUAUCCAGAUGAAGAGGGAUGGUACAGAUUGGGAUCAGUACUAAUUAAAAUGAGUCAAUCUAACAAAGCUGAAGAUAUUUAUCAAGUUUUACUUGAUCAAACAAACGAUGAUGAAGAUAAGGUACCUAUAUAUCAUCGACUUGGUGCGAUGAAACAUAAUCAAGGAAAACAUCAAGAAGCACUUGCAUUCUAUGAAAAAUCUAUUGCUAUCAAACAAACAACUCUUCCUCCCAAUCAUCCUGAUUUGGCUAAAUCCUACAACAACAUUGGAAACGUCCAUAUAAACAUGGGUAAUUAUCCGGAAGCGCUUUUAUCUCAUGAAAAGGCUCUUGAAAUCAGACAACAAUUACUUCCAUCGAAUCAUCCUGAUUUGGCUUCUUCGUAUAACAACAUUGGCGCAGUGCAUUACAGCAUGGGCACCUAUCCAAAAGCACUGUUAUCUCAUGAAAAAUCCCUUGAAAUCAGGCAACAAUCACUUCCGCCGAAUCAUCCUGAUUUGGCUUCUUCCUACAACAACAUUGGCAAUGUGCAUUGCAGCAUGAGUAACUAUCCGAAAGCACUUUUAUAUCAUGAAAAAGCUUUUGAAAUCAGAGAACAAUCACUUCCGCCGAAUCAUACUGAUUUGGCUUCUUCUUUCAACAACAUUGGUGCAGUGCAUAACAGUAUCAGUAAUUAUUCGAAAGCACUUUCAUCUUAUAAAAAAGCUCUUGAAAUCAGAGAACAAUCACUUCCUUCUAAUCAUUCUGAUUUAGCUUCUUCCUACAACAAUAUUGGUUUAGUGUAUUACAACAUGGGUAACUAUCCGAAAGCACUUUUAUAUCAUGGAAAAGCUUUUGAAAUCAGAGGACAAUCACUUCCGCCGAAUCAUACUGAUUUAGCGUCUUCCUACAAUCACAUUGGUUUAGUACAUUACAACAUGGGUAAUUAUCCAAAAGCACUUUCAUCUCAUGAAAAAGCUCUUGAAAUCAGAGAACAAUCACUUCCUUCUAAUCAUUCUGAUUUAGCUUCUUCCUACAACAACAUUGGUGCAGUACAGUACAGCAUGGGCAAUUAUUGUAAAGCACUUUUAUCUUAUGAAAAAGCCCUUGAAAGAAGGCAACAAUCACUUCCCCCUAAUCACCCUGAUUUGGCUUCUUCCUAUAACAACAUUGGUUUGGUAUAUGAAAAUCUCGGUAAUUAUGCAAGAACUCGUACAUUUUAUGAACAUGCUAUACAAAUUGGACAACAAUCAUUACCUUCAAAUCAUCCUCGUCUUCAAUUAUAUAGAAAUAAUCUCAAAGACGUACAAAACAAAUGA